AGGGCUGAGAUCAUAACCAACCAAAAUUGUGCUAUACUACUUGGCAAUUAAUUAUAAAAGGACAUCCCACAUCCAUACCAAAACUCAUCCCACCCAUUUUUUUUAUUUUUAUUUCUUAUCCCAAAUAACAUCACACAAAAACUAGUUAAGAAAAAAUAAAGAAAGAAAGAAAAAGAACCCCUUUAGCUAGCUAUACACAUUAAUUAAUCAAUAUUAGUACUAUAAAAGAGAGAUGAAGAGUGGUAGUAGUUUGAUCAUAGGCCAUCCAAUCAUGGCAUCAUUAGAAACCCAAAAGCCUUAUAUUGCUAUGAUUUUUGUACAAGUUGUUUAUGCAGGCAUGGCUUUGUUUUCCAAGGCUGCAAUUGCUCAAGGAAUGAAUCCUUUUGUUUUUGUUGUUUAUCGUCAAGCCUUUGCAGCUUUCGCCUUGGCUCCUUUUGCUUUCUUCUUUGAAAGUGGGAAAGUGACUCCUUUGUCAUGGGGUUUGGUCUGCAAAAUUUUCUUCAUUUCCUUGAUGGGGAUAACUUUGAGCUUAAAUCUCUACUAUGUUGCAAUUAAUUUCACUUCAGCAACAUUUGCUGCAGCCACCACUAACGCCAUCCCAGCCAUUACUUUUGUUAUGGCAGUAUUACUAAGAAUUGAGAGUGUAUGCAUAAAAAAUGUGGAUGGUGUGGCAAAGGUGAUGGGGUCAAUUGUGAGUCUAUCUGGGGCAUUGGUGUAUGCUUUUGUAAAGGGUCCACAAUUGAAGUUGAUGAUGAAGAAUAAUUGGUAUAAUGAUCAUGAUCAAAAACCCAUUAAUUACCACAGACAUGAAUGGGUUAAAGGUUCUCUUAUGAUGCUAUCAGCCAACACUGCUUGGUCUUUAUGGCUCAUUUUGCAGGGUGGUAUAGUGAAGCAAUAUCCAGCAAAGCUAAGGCUAACAACUCUUCAAUGCUUGUUUAGCUGCAUACAAUCAGCAUUUGUAGCCAUUGCAAUGGACAGAAACCCAUCAUCAUGGAAACUUGGCUGGGACAUUAAUCUUCUUUCUGUUGCUUAUUGUGGAAUAGUUGUGACAGGCAUAACUUAUUGGAUUCAAGUUUGGGCUAUAGAGAAAAAGGGUCCAGUUUUCACAUCACUAUUUACUCCCUUAGCCCUAAUUAUAACUGCUAUCAUAUCAGCUUUCAUUUGGAAAGAAACUUUUUACUGGGGAAGUGUUGGUGGGGCAAUUUUGCUGGUUGGAGGACUCUACAGCGUUUUGUGGGGAAAGAAGAAAGAAGAUAAUACUAAUAAUAAUAAUAAUGGUGAAUGUGAUAAUAGCAAGAGAAGAAGUGAAACAAAUGCUGCCCAAAGACAAGAAUGUAAGGAAGAAACAUUAUCUAAUGUAUAAUAUCAUCAGUGCAUUACACAUCCUACUUGACUCAGAUGGAUAAAUAUAUAUAUAUAUAUAUAUAUAUUAUGAACUAUAUAAAUAUAUAUAUAUAGUAGUAGUAGUAGUAGUAGCUAGUUAGAUUUUAUUAUGGUGAAAAAAGAAAAGAAGAAAAAUGUCACUACCCACCAUAUGAAAAUCAAUAUAUAUACAUGUUUUAUCUUUACAGUUGCAAUAUAAAGUAAUAACUUUUUCUUUU